UGGGUCACGUGAUUGGGACGAGCAUCUUUUUGGUCCAUUUUGGAUGCUUGCAGGAGCUCCGCGCAAUCCAAGAAAAUGACCAAACUACAGUUUUUAAACGUCUUUUUGACUGAGCGCCUCAUGCUUGCUGCGCAGGAGAUUUACAAGUCUGUCGAGGACACGAUUUUGGAGUACCAGGAGGAGAUAGCGAUCAGGGAGCGGGAGAACGACCAUCUGAGACGCAGACUGCGAGACGCUGGAAUUGAAAUAUGGCCAGAUCGUCCGUCAAUGCCGUUGUUGGAUGAGGAGGAUGGUGAGCAUCCACGCCGUGAGUGGAGUCCCAGCAUGGGGCAUGAGGAGCGUAUUCCUAUUCAGAUCAAGGACAAGAGAGAUCUGCGGCCCAACCAAGGAGAUGACCAGCUUCGGGGCCAUGGCUCCUGCAGCACACCAGAGAACAUGUUUACUCCACCGCAUGUUGGAAAUGAAUACCCGCAGGACGGUCCACACACAUCCAACCUCCCUCAGAGUCAAGGUGUGGAGAACAGGGAAAGGGACCCUGGAUCACGAGGCUCCUCGAGGCAUGUAAAAGCAGAGAGUGGAGGCGCCCACAGAGGUUCUACUUCCUCCAACAGCGGCGCUCAGCCUCUGGCACCAGUCAACCCAAACUGCUCAAACGAGAACAACAUUGACAUUAUUGGGGUGGAGAAUGGGGGACAGAUGGUUGGUGCUAAGGGAGCCGGAACUGGAGCUAACAGAGGACAGGCCUCUCACAUGCGAAACCAAGGAGCCAAUGCUGUAGACUGCCCCCAUCAAAAAUCCCCCCUACAAGGCCACAUGUCCUCUUUCUGUUGCAAGGUUUGUGGCGAAGCGUUUAGUCACAUUGGCCACUUGCAUGUGCAUGUUCAAGUGCACACUCGGGAAAAACCUUAUCGCUGUGGAGUAUGCGGGAAAUGCUGCAGCUCCUCCGGCAGACUACAGGAGCACCAACGUAGUCACACAGGAGAAAAACCAUUCCGCUGCCAGAUUUGUGGCAAGGGCUUCACACAGAUGGCUCACCUGAAGGUACACAUGAGGAUCCAUACGGGGGAAAAACCAUACAGUUGCCCCGUGUGUGGCAAGUGCUUCAGCCGCUCUGACAAAAUUAAAAGGCAUCUUCAGACCCAUAGCCGCGAGGGAACAUAUUUCUCAGGGCAAUGAUGCAAGUAUGUUGUUAAACAACCCGGUUUGUGAAUCAUAUUGAUGUGGGAAACUUUUCUAUAAAAAGCUAAAAUUGCUGCCAUUGACACAAGGCUUUUCUUCCUACUUUCCAAGAACUUGGGAUUCUGCAACGCUUAGACAACAUUUUUUAUCUAACCUAAGACUUCUCAGUCCCUCAGUAGAAUUUGUAUUAGCCAGUUUAGUUUGUCAUUUACUUAUUUUGUACUUGUCAAUGAGUAUUCAAUCUCAAAGACACAAUUUGAGUUAAUAGCUAGUCUUUCUGAAUUGUCUAGCCUUUUCCUUAGUCAUAUAAUUAGCAUGAUUAAGUCUUCCACACAUGCCUUGAAAUUGAGAUGUAUCAAGAAAUGCAAGAAUGUUCAGCACAUUCACACUUAUUAUUAGCCAGUCCCUUCACAUCCAUGAGUUUACGCUUGAGUUUAAAAUGUGCAAACUUAUCAUCUAUCUUUAAUUAUUGUUUUAAAACCUAAAAUUAGGAUCAAUGUAUUCAUGAAAGCAUUUUCUUCGCUAACAAGACAACUGAAGGUCUGGCAAAUAAAGCCUAUGUGCUACAGGGCUUAGUCUUACACUGCCAGUAAUUUUAGUUUUUUUAAUGUGGCAAAUGAAGUCAGCAAACAAAAAGCUGCCUAAAUUCCAAUGAACUGUGGGAUUGACUGAUUUACAAGGAGGAUUCUGAUCUGGCACUUAUCUUCCAUGUUUUUCUCUUUGUCUUAUCGACUUUUUUCCUUUUCUCUGUGCUGUUACAUUGUUGCAGAGCUAAACACUGCCAUCUCACAUCGUUAGUGCUUCAUCUUGUCCACUGAAGAAAAAGGACAAAUCUGUUGUGAGACUGCUACGCUAUUUUGUGAAAUAAUGUGAUAUUCUGUAAAAUACCACUCUUCCAGACUUACCACACAUUUAAGGAUUUUGUGGUGUCUUUUUUUUCUUAUUUUUUGACAUGCACUGUGGCAUCCGUCCUGGACGAUGCAGAGAUUCACUCUAUACCAGGGCCAUACAGUAUUAGCUGAACCUAUUCUGUGCUUUUUUGAGGAGUCUCUGUCAUCAAAGACUUAAGUUUGUCACCACAGUAAUUAUUUACAUGUGAGGUAUUUUCGGAGGGGCCUCAGUUGUGGUUGAUUUUCAGAAGUGAUUAAAUAAAGUACUUCCACUCCACAUCUUGGACUGAUCCGUAAACUGUAAAUCUUAUAGUUACUUUUCUCCUCUCAGGAUUAAUGCUGCAUUCAUAACACGGGGGCCUAUAAAAAAUAUUAACGUCUGACUUUAAAUGGCCAUGUACAAGUCAGUAACUCAGGGUUUGUGCGUUUUACAUUGAAUUUGUCCCUGCUUGUUGUAGAAAUAAACAUAAAAUCAAUUUGUAUCUGAAUAAUACUAAAUUGGGCUCAUAAUAAAAAUGUGGUACGUUCACAGUGUCAGAGCUCAGUUGUUUGGGAUGCCACCUCCUGCCUCAGUAAUCCCUCAACAUGUCAUGAAUGCAGCAUGAGAACAACUCCAGCACGUCCUCACAGCUGACCAGCAGCCCUCCAUUCACAGUCUUCUCGGGGACAUCUUUGUUCCCCUGCACACACUCUACUGUACAGUGUUGUAUCAUUGCAUAUUAAUGUUAUUUUUUAAUAAAGUAGCAAUUGAGUAUCCA